AUUAUUGCUUUGCUUCAAAUAUAAUCUUACUUUUAUAGCCUAAGUUAAACUUGAAUACGCCAACACAAGCCAACACAUUAUUUUGCCAUAUUAUGUACUGAAAUAAAGUUUUACUUUUUUUGCAGAAAAUAUGUGUGGAUCGUAAUGAUAACAAGCAAACUUCUGGUCUGUUUGUUGGUGUUCUCUGCGGGUGAAGUUUUGGCACAGAACACCGAAACCGAAGUUCAUCCUGCAGAAACUCAAACCACUUCAAUUUCAAGUGAUACAGCUCUUCAAAAUGCCACCACCAUUCAACCAACUAUUGCUGAUUCUUCAGUUGAUUCAAGAAGACAAAUUGCAGACGAGCCAAACUUCUUUAUAAAACUUUACAAUACUAUUGUAAAAGCUGUACAAGACUUCUUUAAUAGUCCAAGAGUAAAAACUGUUUUAAAAAAUGUUGGAACAUGUAUGGUAAAUGGAGCAAUGGAGAUCCUGACAUACUAUGUACCAGCACCUAUGAUUCCACUUAUAGCGUCAGCAGCAGGUAUGAUCAUACCUUUUGAACCAGUGGUUACUUUGAGAGAGAAAAUGCCUGUCACAAGUUACAGGAGAGCGUUUAAUAAAGCUGUCAAUAGUUUUAUGGGUACAUUUGAUAAAUAUAAAGCAUUGGAUGUGGAGGAUCCUUAUAUGACUAAUCAGUUUAAUAGGAGGUUUAUGAACGAUGGUCCUGAAAAGAAAGGGAAACGUGUUACGGAAGAGGUGAGCGAAGAAGAGAAGCGAUAUAUAUGAAGAAUAAAUAUUUAUUUAUAA